AUGGCACCAUUGGCCACCUCGUCGCUCUGCACCGCGCCCCGCCCGCUCAGACAGGCACAGGCGUGCCGGGGCAGCAGGACGCUCAGGACGCUCAGGACGCUCAGGACGCUCAUGACAGCCGCCGAGGCAGCCCAGCAGGUGCUGCACGCCUUCAAGGGCCAGACCAGGGUGCGGCGGCAGGUGCUGGACGGGCACCAGCUGCAGAAGCUCAGCCUGACGCUCAACCGGCCGCAGCUGCACCCGGGGCUGGACGUGACAGAGGCGCCGCCUCCUCGCGGGACCCCGCUGCCGCCAGGCUACCACCUCGCCUACUUCUCGCCUGCGAGCCUCGAGUCGGACCUCGCUGCCGACGGCACCGACCGCACCUUCAACCCCCCGGCGCCCUUCUCGCGCCGCAUGUGGGCUGGGGGCCGCAUGGCCUGGGCCCCCGCCGCCCCACCGCUGCGCGUCGGCGACGAGGCCGAGGAGCGCACCACCCUCGUGGCCGCCGCCGCCAAGCGCAGCCGCGACGGCUCCGACAUGGUCCUCGUCGACGUCGACAAGGAGUUCUGGGGCCCCGCUGGCCUGGCCCUCGUCGACCGCCGCGCCUGGGUGUUCCGCCCGCCGCCCACCGACGCCCUUGCCAGGUCCGACGCCCACGUCGCCGGCCUCGUGCCGGGCGCCGUCGGGCGCCACUCGACAGUCGAGGAUGUGCCCCCCAAGCAUGGCUCUGGCACGCCGCACCGCAGGUUCCGGUGGUCGCCUGUCGCGCUGUUCCGCUUCUCCGCCCUGACUUUCAACGGCCACAUGAUCCACUACAACGAGGGCUGGACGAGAAAUGUCGAGGGCCACCCAGCCACUCUUGUCCACGGGCCUCUGAAUCUCAUCGCCAUGAUGGAUUACUGGAGGGAUGUCCAUGGCGCUGCCAGGGAGCCGGCUGACAUCGUUUACCGCGCACUCUCACCCCUCUAUGCCGGCGAUGAAUAUGUCGUCCGCACAGAGUCUGUGAGGCGCGCUUCUGGGACCGGGGACGCCUGGGACAUUGUUGUUGCCCGAAAUGACACAAUCAACAUGAGGGGCACGGUAUCGGCAGGCCCAUGUUGA